ACCACAUGCAGUUCUUAAUGCAAGCAAUUAAUCUACGUCUGCGUGCGCCGUAGAUCGAAUGAAAUCCAAUUCCCAGAUCAUGCCUCCUCAAUAUAUAUCCCAUAUCAUUCCGGCGCUAUAUGUGUAUAUAUAUAUAGAGAGACCGCCUCCGGCCUCCCGACCUCCCAUCGCCAUGGCUGGAACGAUGAGCAGGCUACUCCUGUUCCUGCUCGCAUCAGCUUUCGCCAUGGCGGAUGAUCCUUACCGCUACUUCACUUGGACCGUUACCUACGGCACCAUUUCUCCACUCGGCGUCCCCCAACAGGGCAUCUUCGUCAACGGCCAGUUCCCUGGCCCCCGACUGGAUUGCACCACCAAUGACAACAUCAUCAUCAACGUCAUCAACCAGAUCGACGAGCCUCUGCUCUUGACAUGGAAUGGGAUCAAGCAGAGGAAGAAUUCAUGGCAGGAUGGUGUUUUGGGGACCAACUGCCCCAUCCCUCCCAAGGGAAACUACACCUACAAGUUUCAGACCAAGGAUCAAAUUGGCACCUUCACCUACUUCCCCUCCACCGGAAUGCACAGGGCCGCCGGCGGCUUCGGCGCCUUGAACGUCCAUCAGCGGACGCUCAUCCCUGUCCCCUACGCCCCGCCUGCCGGCGACUUCAGCUUGCUCGUCGGCGACUGGUACAAAUCAAGCCACAAGGCAUUACGGAAGACUUUGGAUUCUGGAAGCCCUCUUCCCUUCCCGCACGGCCUGCUCAUCAACGGAGUAGAAAAAGGAAGCACCUUCGCCGGAGAUCAAGGGAAGACCUACCUCUUUAGGAUCUCCAACGUGGGGUUCGAGACGUCGAUCAACUUCAGAAUCCAGAAUCACAAGCUGAAGCUCGUCGAGAUCGAAGGAUCUCACACGCUUCAGAAUCUCUACGAUUCGCUGGACAUCCACGUCGGCCAAUCCUUGUCUGUGUUGGUAACGCUUGAUCAAACGCCCAGUGACUACUACAUCGUCGCUUCCACGCGCUUCACGAGGAAGGUCCUCACCUCCUCCGGCGUCUUGCACUACAGCAACUCCAACUCCGGCCUCUCCGGUGCCAUCCCCGCCGGCCCUGCUACCGGUGCGCAUUGGUCUAUGUUACAAGCCAGAACCUUCAGAUGGAACCUGACGGCGAACGCGGCGAGGCCAAAUCCUCAGGGAACGUACCACUACGGCAACAUAACGAGAUCAAAGUCCAUUAGUGUGGCCAAUUCAGCUCCGGUGAUAAACGGCAAGAUUCGGUACGCCGUGAAUGGCGUAUCCUUCGUGCUGCCCGACACGCCUCUCAAGUUAGCAGACUACUUCAACAUCAGCGGAGUCUUCACCUGGGACGACGUUACUACACCGAUGGGCACGCCGGUGCUCCGCUUCAAUCUGCACGACUUCAUCGAAGUCGUCUUCCAGAACACCGAGAAGACGAUCCAAACCUGGCAUCUCGACGGCUACGACUUCUGGGUCGUAGGAUACGGGUCCGGUGAGUGGAGUGAAAAUCUGAGGAGAAGAUACAACUUGGUGGAUGCCGUCGCAAGGCACACCGUUCAAGUUUAUCCGAAUUCAUGGUCGGCGAUCUUGGCGUCCUUGGACAACGAAGGGAUGUGGAAUCUGCGAUCUGCUAUGUGGGCGAGGCAGUACCUGGGGCAGCAGCUGUACGUGAGAGUGUGGACGCCUGAGAAGAGCUAUUUCAAUGAAUAUGCCAUCCCUCAAAAUGCUCUCUUGUGUGGGAAGGCGUCUGGCUUCCAUGUGUAGUUGAUAACGAGUAACUGUCACGAAAGGGUGACUAAGUGGAUCAAUUUGGACUCUUUUCUUUUGCUUUACUGAGCAUGCAUUAUUGUUGUUUCUUUUAAGUGUUUUUUUUUUACAGGGAUAAGAAAUAUUGUUUCGUGCAUUUUUAAGAAAAUGGCAAUUUGGAACUAAUGAUUAGGGCUUA